AUGGCAGAGGGUAAGCCUUCGGAUUCAAAUAUGGAUGAGUCAUCAUCACAAGUUGUUGAUAGUGAGGAAGUUCUUGAUAGUGGUGACGUUCAAAAGCGAAAAAGAACAUUAACUGAUAAAGGUCAAAGUUUAUAUGAAUCACACAGACAGGAUUUUAAUGAUAAACUUGACUCAGCUUGGCAUGUUGUUGCUGUGCAAAUAGACAACAUCAGGAAGGGUGAAUUGGAUCUACAGACAUUAAGAAAAUAUGAGAAAGACUUGAGAAGCAAUUUUGACAAACAAAGAGACAUUUUCAUUGAUUUUGUUGCUUUCCUAAACAGAACUGGUACGGAAGAAAGUACACAUGACUUUGACAUGCUAAAGGAUAAAUUCAGUAGUUUUGCAAUGCAAAUGGACAGUGCUGUUCGUGACAUUGAUACACAAAUUGACAAUGCAGUAAAGGAAAGGUCUGUGCCUUCACAUGCAUCUGGUUCACAAAAUUCACAAGCCAGUUCUUACAUGGCAAGGAAGUUGGCCAAAGCGGAAGCAACAAAGGCUGCUAUAGAUUAUGCAGCAAAAGAAGCCAGUCUACUAAGACAAAGUGCUAUUAUUGAUGAAGAAAAUCAAGUCGCCGCAGCCCGAGCAAAACGAAGAUUGGCUGAACUUGAAGCAGACCGCCAUUUCCUACAACAACAGAAAGCUGCAGCUGAAGCAGAAGCUGAAGUAAAAGCCCUGCAGGCGGUUGGACAACAAAUUUCUCUUCCAGAGGAAGAUCCAAGAAAGCGGACACAGGCUUAUGUCAAAAAUUUAAGUCAGACAGAGUACAAUUACCCUAAACAGCAAUACAAUCAUCAGACUGCAGAACAGAUGAGUGAUCGCGAUGAAAACACAGGUGUGAAAUCUUAUCAACUUAACCCAAACGCUGAAGUUUACACACCCACACAUCAAGCAAUGGACAUUUCACGUUUCCUGUUGAGGAAAGAUCUACUGUUCUCACGGCUCUACAGCUUUAACGACCAGCCAGAGGCAUACCGCACGUGGAAGGCAGGAUUCCUAAGCGUAAUGGAGGACAUGAGUGUUUCGCCAAGUGAGGAGCUCGACCUGAUGGUGAAGUGGUUAGGUCCAGAAUCAGGAAAACAUUCAUUAAGUAUUAAGACUGCGAAUGCUCACAACCCUCAGGUAGCUGUCGAACUGCUAUGGCAGCGACUGGAUGAGCGAUAUGGUGCUCCUGAAAUGGUUGAAGCAUCUCUGAAAGCUCGGCUAGCACGCUUUCCUAAGUUGACUAUUAGAGACAAUAAGAAACUUUAUGAACUGUCAGACUUAGUAAAUGAGAUAGAGUCGGUGAAAAGUUGUGAGAGAUACAGCAUUUUGCUUGCAUAUUUUGAUUCAUCAGUAGGAGUUAUCCCUAUUGUUCAAAAACUGCCUCAUUCAUUGCAAGAAAAGUGGACAAGCCACGCCACUAAUUAUAAAGAUAAGCAUAAUGUCUCAUUCCCUCCAUUCUCUGUGUUUGUAGAGUUCUUGCGAAGAACAAGCAAAAUGAGAAAUGACCCUAGCUUUGCAUAUGAAACUGGCUCAAGUGUACCGCACACACAAGACAAAUCUCUAUCUACAUUCAAACAGGCGCGCCCCUCUGUCAAUUCGAGGAAGACUGAUGUGGCAGAGAGCAAAUCUGCAGACAGCCAAACUUUGUGUCCGCUACACAAAACAAAACAUUCUCUGAAUCAGUGCAAGGCUUUCAGAAUGAAGGAGUAUGAGGAAAGGAAAGAGUUUUGGAGAAGAAAUCGCAUUUGCUACAAAUGCUGUGCAUCUACUGAGCACAUAGCAAAAAUGUGCAACCAAGCAGAGAAGUGUGGAGAGUGCAAUAGUCGUACACAUGCUACAGCGCUUCAUGUUGUCAACUACCCAAAAGGUAAUCGUAGUCCCACAUCGCCAAGAGAUAAUGGCGGGGAGCAUGAACAGACUUUCAGGAAAAGUACACAAAAUGACUCCAUUUCUAUAAAGUGCACUCAGAUAUGUAGGAACGGGUUCAGUGGAAAGUCUUGUGCCAAGACGGUUCUUGUAAAUGUACACCCCAAAGGGCAACCAGACUUUACAGUGAAGAUGUAUGCUUUGCUCGAUGACCAGAGUAACUCAACUUUGGCACGAACAGAGUUCUUUGACGCAUUCAAUGUGAAAUGUGAUGAAAUACCAUAUACACUUUCUUCAUGCUCAGGUGUGAUGGAGACUUCUGGAAGGAAAGCAUCAGGUUUUAUUGUUGAGCCUCUUGAUUGUAGUAGCAGUCUUGAACUUCCAGCAAUUAUCGAAUGCAAUUCUAAACCCAAUCAGAGGGAUGAAAUACCCACUCCUGAAGUCGCGAGCCACUACUCGCAUCUCAACGAUAUUGCAAGUUUCAUUCCUCCAAUAGACAAUUCAUGUGAUAUUCUUUUGCUCAUCGGACGGGACAUGAUCCAAGCGCACCAUGUUUAUGACCACCGCAUCGGGCCAGGUAAUACACCAUAUGCACAAAAAUUACCUUUGGGUUGGGUAAUUAUUGGUGAGAGUUGUAUCGGCAAGGUACACAAACCAGACUUUGUGAAUGUCAGUAAGACAAAUCUUCUACCAAGCGGAAGACCUACAGUCUUCAAACCAUGUCCAAACUUAUUCAGUGUGAAAGAACUGUGUGCACCAUGUUGUAUGCAGCAAUGUGAAAACUCUAUUGGAGACACAGUGUUUCAUCUAGGCAAAGAUGAUGACAAACCCGGAUUGUCUAUUGAAGAUCAGCAAUUUCUUCAAAUAAUGGACAAAGAAAUGUACAAAGGGAGUGAAGGUAACUGGAUUGCACCAGUUCCAUUCAAGUCGACCAGACCCCUUCUCCCAAAUAACAGAUGUCAAGCGAUGAAACGAGCAAGGACACUAGAUAGAAGUAUGAAACAGGACUCUGUUAAGAGACAGCAUGUUAUGGACUUCAUGGCUAAGAUUUUUGACAACAACCAUGCGGAAAAAGCCCCACCCUUGAAAGAAAAUGAAGAAUGCUGGUAUUUGCCAUUGUUUGGUGUUUACCACCCCAGAAAACCUAAUCAGAUCCGUAUGGUAUUCGACUCUUCUGCUCCAUACAAAGGUGUAUCAUUGAACAAUGUUUUGUUACAAGGGCCUGACAUGAUAAACAGUCUUCUCGAAAUUCUUCUCAGGUUUCGAAAACAUCAGGUGGGAGUAAUGGGAGACAUACAGCAGAUGUUCUAUUGCUUCCAAGUCAGAGAGGAUCACAGAAAUUAUCUACGAUUUUUUUGGUAUGAAGAUAACAACCCAAACAAGGAGCUGACUGAGUACCGAAUGAGGGUACAUGUCUUCGGUAACAGCCCAUCUCCAGCCAUAGCAGCCUAUGGUCUACACAAAACUGCAGAAGAAGCCAGAGACAUGUUUGGGGAAGAUGUGGUGAACUAUGUCAAAAGUGACUUUUAUGUUGAUAAUGGACUUCUGUCAAAACCCACUGCAAGUGAAGUAGUCGAUCUCGUGAAGAGAACGCAGCAAGAUUUGAAAAACUUCGGUAACAUUCGACUGCACAAGAUCAUUUCAAAUAAUCAUGAAGUGAUGAAAUCCUUCCCCAAUGAUGACUUGGCCAAGGAUUUGAAAGACUUAAACUUUGACGGCGACAAACUUCCGCUACAGAGGAGCCUCGGAAUGUUGUGGGAUGUCAAGACCGACACGUUCACAUUCAGAUGGUCAGGUGAGAAGAAGCCGUACACAAAGCGGGGUGUCCUCUCAACCAUCAAUAGUGUGUAUGAUCCCAUGGGAUUUGUUGCACCAGUUAUCAUUCAAGGAAAGGUGCUCCUCAGGGAGUUGAUAAAUCAGGAAGUUGAUUGGGAUGAUCCCCUACCAAGUGAAUAUCAGGAGGAAUGGGAAAGCUGGAGAGACUCUUUAAGUGCACUGGAACAGCUGAACAUUCCUAGAGCAUUUUUACAACAAACCUUUGAAGAAAUUGAGAAACAAGUACAAGUGUACGCAGAUGCCUCAGGAAAAGCAAUUUCAGCUGUGGCAUAUCUUGUUGGACAAAAUGAAAAAGGAUCAGAAAUGGGUUUUCUCCUUGGAAAAUCAAAAGUUGCUCCAGCGCAUGGACAUACAAUUCCUCGUCUUGAGUUAUGUGCAUCUGUAUUGGCAGUAGAAAUUGGGAGCAUAGUAUGUGAGAGUCUAGAAGCGCCAUGUUCAUCUGUUCAAUACUUCACGGACAGUCGCAUUGUACUUGGGUACAUUUCUAAUGAAAUUAGAAGAUUUCAAGUGUACAUAGCCAACAGAGUAGCAACUAUCAGAAAGUUUUCUUCUCCACAGCAGUGGAACUAUGUUGAGACAGGUACAAACCCAGCAGACUGUGGAACAAGAUUUAUGCCGGCAAGCAUAAUAGGAGAUAGCAAAUGGCUAAAUGGCCCAUCUCAACUCCCUAGGAAAUCAGACACCACAGAGACAGUGAUGAGCCCUGACAUGGAUCAAGACUAUGAAUUACAAAGUGAAGUAAGGUCAUGUGUCAGAAAGGUUGACAAGUCACAACCACAAUUUCACAUUCAGCGUUUUGAGAGAUUUUCGGAUUGGAAGAAACUUGUACGUGCUAUAGUGAGACUCCAGAGUAUCGCACGCGAUAGACAUCACAUCUCUCCAAGUGCCUUUUCAAGUGCAGAUGCUUACAUCACAGCUGAAAACUUCAUCAUUCGUCAAGUUCAGUGUGAAAACUAUGCUGAAGACAUACAGCGCAUCCGCUCUAAAAUGUCCUUAUUGAAGGACAGCCCACUCUAUUCAGUGAAUCCACUCAUUGACGAAGACGGAAUGCUCAGGAUAGGUGGCCGUCUCAACAAAGCAGAAUUAGAAGUUGGCUUAAAAAAUCCACUGAUCAUACCUGGUCGUCAUCACAUAGCGCUACUCCUAGUUCUCAUGUACCAUGAGCAAGUGAAUCAUCAAGGACGUCACUUCACGGAGGGAGCCGUUAGAGCUGCGGGCCUGUGGAUCACCAGCGGCAAGCGCCUAAUAAACUCUGUGAUUUUCAAGUGUGUGAAGUGUCGCAAACUGCGAGGCCGAGGCGCUGAACAGAAGAUGGCAGAUUUGCCAAAGGAUCGCCUAACUCCAUGUCCUCCAUUUACUUAUGUAGGCGUGGACACAUUCGGCCCAUGGUCCGGCACCACACGACGCACCAGGGGAGGACAGGCAAAUAGCAAGCGUUGGGCUUUGUUGUUCACUUGCCUUGUCAUCAGAGCCGUCCACAUAGAGGUGAUAGAUGAGCUGAGUACCUCGGCUUUUAUCAACGCGCUGAGGCGCUUCAUAUCCAUCAGAGGUAAAGUGAAGGAAUUCCGUUCGGACAGGGGCACAAAUUUCACUGGAGCUUGCAGUGUUCUCAAUGUGAAUGUCAUAAAUGUAGAGGAUGAGCCAAUUAAAAGGUUCCUGUCCGAUAACAAGGCUAGUUGGAUCUUCAAUCCACCUCAGGCAUCCCAUAUGGGAGGUGUAUGGGAGAGGAUGAUUGGAGUAGUGAGAAGAAUCCUAGACUCUAUGCUAGCAAAUGUGUCUCAUAGAAAUCUCACUCAUGAUGUGUUGACAACACUAAUGGCAGAAAUCUGUGCAAUUGUUAAUGCAAGACCAAUAGUACCAGUUUCCUCGGACCCUGAAGUUCCAGGUAUAUUAAGUCCCUCUUCUUUGUUGACGCUCAAGUCAGAUCAUGCGGAGAAUCUUGUGACAAACUGUAACAUGACAGAUUUGUAUCAGUCUCAGUGGAGGCUAGUGCAAGCACUCGCUGAACAAUUUUGGUCAAGGUGGAAAACUGACUAUCUUCAUACCCUACAGGCUAGACGUAAGUGGUUUGACAGUAAACCUAACAUUGAGCAAGGCGAUGUUGUUCUUCUGAGAGAAAAGGACACUGUUCGCAAUGAAUGGCCUAUUGGACUGGUCGAAAAUGCCAUUCAGAGUGAGGAUGGCAAAAUACGAAAAGCUGUUAUUCGUGGUAUCCGCGAGAACUCUGUGUUGAAACUAACUCGCCCAAUCACAGAACUUGUGUUGCUGAUGAAAGUAUCAGCAAAUGACUUAUAA